AUGGCAGAAGCAGACCUGAAAGCAACCGUUGAAGCUCUCCAGAAACAAGUCCAGAUUCUAACCGCUGAGUCCGAAGUACGAAAACUACACCACAAGUAUGGGUACUAUCUCGAUAAGUGUCUUUACCAAGAGGUCGUCGACCUCUUCGCCGACCACCCCGACACAUCAGUGCAGUUCCUCGGCGGACGCUUCCUAGGCAAGGCCGGCGCGCGCAGACUGUACAUCGGGCGGUUCAUGAACAACUUCACAGGGCGCAACGGCCCGCUGCACGGGUUCCUGCUCGACCACCUGCUGGCGCAGGACAUUGUCGACAUCGACACCAGCUGGGAGACGCCGAUUGCCAGGAUGAGGCUGCGCACGCUGAUGAGUGCGGGUACGCACGAGAGUUUGGGAGAGGAGGGGGUUAUGGGUGGUCAGCGACAGUGGUGGGAGGGGGGUGUCUACGAAAAUGACUACAUCCUCGAAAACGGCGUCUGGAAGAUCUUCCACCUCCGGUACUUCCCCUUCUGGCACGCAGACUUUGACAAGGGCUGGCAGAAAACGCGCCCCAACUACGUACCUUUCUUCAGCAAGACGUAUCCGGAGGAUCCUGCGGGGCCGGAUGAGCUGACGGAGAAUAAUAUGAUGUGGCCGGAUACGAGGGUAAAUAAAUAUCAUGCAAGAUCUUUUUUUUUUGGGUCGUUGUCUGAUUUGUUUUUGUUCUGCCAGGUCGUUCCAUUUCACUACCCCCAUCCUGUCACAGGAGCAUGGGUCAAUCCGCUCGAUCUUCGCGCUCCGAAGAAAGGCGAGGAGGCUGAAAAGGCUACGAAGGAGAUUGAUAUUAUCUGA